UAUAAGAUGUUGAAUGCAGCACCAGCACGCCCAUGUUGAAUACUCCUUACCAAAGCCCCAGGCGAAGGACAAGAGUCGUUUACAAUUUCUUUUUGUGAAUUUCUUCUUAGCGAUCGGAAUUAGUAAAGGGUUAGGGGAAUGGCGAGGAACAAGGAGUCGGCGAUGACUCGGGCGGUGACUUCGGUGUUCGCCUUCGUCAGAUUUGCUGAGUUUGAGAUCCUCUUCAUUCUUUUCUUCAUGAUCGCUUUUCUCCUCUUCAAAGAUCUCACGUCAAGACCCGAAUACAAUCAGAUGCUUGUAAAGAAGCCCGGUGGAGUUGGUCUAUGGCCUUACUAGAUGGAUAUGUUUUAGGUCGCGCGAAUGUCUUUUAUAUCAGCUUUAAUUAGGGGAAAUAUUCUGUCAACCGCUUGUAAUGUCACAGUACUUUUUGCCUGCUUUUGAAUUUAUGUAUGCAUUUUAUAAUAUGAAUACAUGCGAGACAAAGGACUAGACAGUUGGAAUCCAAAGAAAACUUUUUCCGUCAUCCUGGUAAUUCCUACAACUGUGUAUAUGGUUGUGUGAAGCUGUCAUAGAACUAGACAGUUGGAAAUCAAUCAUAGGCUGGGUGGCCAAAAAGGCCACACAGGUUGGAUGCGUAUAGAUCGAUUGUUUUA